AUGCCAGCUCUACAUUUUCCCCAAAAGCAAAGAAGAGAGAAGUUAGACAAACAAUUCGAGCACUUUCUAGAAGUGUUCAAGCAGGUGCAUGUGAAUAUACCUUUCACAAAGGUUCUUUCUCAAAUGCCAGCUUAUGCUAAAUUCGUGAAGGAGAUAUUGUCCGAGAAGAGGAAAGUGGAAGAGACAUCAGUUGUCAAGCUGACAGAGCAUUGUACUUCUAAUAAUAUUAUGCCUUUGUCUAUUUUCAAGAAAUUAGAUGGAGAUAUUGAAGAAAGCAGGUUGAUACAUGUGUCCUUGCAGCUGGCGGAUCAUACCACAAUCAUACCUGAAGGAAUAGUGAAAGAUGUGUUGGUUCGGGUAGACAAAUUUAUGUUCCCUGUGGACUUUAUUAUGGUGAACAUGGAGGAAAAUAGGGAGGUCCCUCUUAUUUUAGUAAGACCAUUCUUAGCUACGGGAAGAGCAAUUCUAGAUCAGGAAAGGCAACCCAUGCUCAGAAUGGGGGAUGAAAGGCUAAUCUUCAAGAUGGAAGGAGAAAGGGGGGCCUGA